AUGUCAUUUCGAUAUCACCGCAAAACGACAGUGCUGGUGCGGGUGCGAAUAGCCCUCUUUAUACCCCCUCCCCAUCCCACCUACCACCAUCCACCGGGAAAAUCCCCGUGCAACUUCACCGUCGCCUACCUAGCCCCUCGGCGCCAGCUACCACGACGGCGGUGGCGGACGCACCCCACUUCGCUCUCGCUUUCACCACCAGAAUGGGUCGAAUUCCUUUCAUUUCCUCGGCAAUCCCAACUUCACCGAAACCUACCGCUACUUCUCGACUCGCUCGACCAGAGCGACUACGCCGCCUACAAUGACCAAGUGUUCUACAUAAUCCCUAAAAUCGUCAGCCUCGAGUCACGCAAGCGCCGCGGCCUAGUGGAUCCCGCGUCACCGACGCCAACCCCGCGUCUCAAGGUAUGCCCGCCCGACAACCAGCUCCGCGUUGUCGGCGCCGACGCCGACGCUAUAGGGGGAUAG